UUCAAUGGAAGCGGAGCUCCAGGAGCAGGUUGUCACGAUGGUGCAGCCUAUGCCUGGAUAUGGCGAGCUGCUGGUGAAAGGCUUCUCCCGGAUGAACACGGCAAUCGCCGAGUGCACGGACUGCGGCUUCGAGCUGUCCAAACGGACCCUGCUGGAGAAUGCGUCCCUCACCGCCUCCGAGGGGCUUUUGUUCCUGAUUUGUGCCGUGGUCUGGACUCUACUCCGGAAGGCUACUUCGCGUUACCUCUUCCAGCCAUUAGCUCGCUGGUGUGACCUGCCACGCCGAGACGCUGCCAAGAUGCCAGAAAGUGCAUGGAAGCUGACUUUCUACACUGCCUCCUGGUCCUACAGCACCUACCUACUCUUCUUGACAGAUUACCCCUUCUUCCAUGAUCCACCAUCCGUCUUUUAUGGAUGGAAAGCAACAAUUGAUGUCCCUAAAGAUAUCGCCAUUGCUUACCUGGCUCAGUGCAGUUUCUAUGGACAUGCUAUCUAUGCCACUGUGUACAUGGAUGCCUGGAGGAAGGACUCUGUUGUGAUGUUAGUCCAUCAUGUGAUAACACUGGGUCUAAUCGCCUUCUCCUAUGCCUUCAGGUAUCACAAUGUCGGGAUCUUAGUUCUCUUCCUGCAUGAUGUAAAUGAUAUUCUGCUGGAAUUUACCAAACUCAAUGUUUACUUUAAAAACCGAGCUGGUGUCCGCCACAAGCUGAAUGAUGUGGUUUCCAACAUUGGUUGCUGCUCCUUUGCGAUAAGCUGGUUCUGGUUCCGACUUUAUUGGUUCCCCCUCAAGGUGCUGUAUGCCACCUGUUACUCCAGUCUCCAGUCUGUUCCCAAUAUUCCUUUUUACUUUUUCUUCAACAUUCUGCUGCUUAUCCUCACUCUGAUGAAUAUCUAUUGGUUUCUGUAUAUCAUCCUGCUGGUGGUGAAGGUCCUGACUGGCCAGGUCUCUGAGGUCAAUGACGUGCGAGAGUACGAUAUUGAGGACAGUCCCAGUCCAGCUGUGUACAAGAAAUACAAUCACCUUCACUCCUCCAAAGACGGGCUGCGGCAGAGGAACGGGAUCAUCGUACAUAAGCAUCUAUAAUAUACCCCGGUACCAGCUUCAUCACCCUGUUUACAAGGACUCUCCAACUCAGAUUUGCUCUGAAUCAAGGGCCAACUUCAGUCCUGACUUGUCCAGCCUUCCACGAUUGGGAAUGAAACCACAAUGAAAAAUCAUCUAUUGAUGGUGCAGUUGUUGUUUCGACAUCUGAUUUUUUUUUUGCCCCUCAGGGGAUCCUUUGCUGGAUUUUAGCUUUAUCUCUCUAUUGCUCUUGCUCUAUUUUUCUCUCGCUGUCUCUAUCUCUCUUGCUCUCUCUGUCACGCUCUUGCUCUCUCUCUCUCUCACCCUUGCUCUCAUUCUACCUUCUCUUGCUCAUUCGUGUCUUAAUUAUAUUUUUACUGUGAAUCAUUUCUCUAAGCCUUUGCAAAGACUGCAUGCAAUGUCAGACUAGCGCCACCAAAAUGUAUGUGUCAAAAUGAGCUCCUGGGGCCUUGUGCUUGGAUUUCCCACCGCUCCUCCGCCAGCGUCGGUCUCUGUUGGUGUCGGAAGCUUCCCCCCCAAUUUGAUGCUCUCCUAUUUCCUAACUGUCCCCUGCCAAGAACACCAAUCGCGAUAAAUGCCUCAAAAUGGCCUCUGGUCCUUUCACUAACAUGCGCCUGAACACCUAAACGAAAUGAAUCCAAGUCAAAUUGGAACAGUUCAAGGUCCAUUCUUGUGGUUUGUACUGAGGUCAUCAUGGUCCUUGCUAGAGGUUGACAACAAACCAGUGCCUCAUGCAGCUGACCUUGAUCAAUGGGACCUCAGUACGAACUCCGAAUGCACUUGCAGAGAGACACAAACUCCACUGCACAUUGCUGGGAAAGCUGUCUCUACGGGCUGAGUCUUGGACUAAUUGCCUAAACCUUCAACAAAUGAGGAGGGCUAGAGGUUGGCUUUGGGGAUUUGCACUAAAUAAAUAAAACAAAAUCUUCUUUCUCCACUGUGAGGUUAGGUAAUGGUCACCUGGAUCAUUACCCUCUGCACAUCUCACCCAACUUUUUCCCAUACAUCCCAUCAGCUCCUUUUGAUUCAAGUCUCCCAACAAAAUGUGCAAAGACCAAUCUGAUCACAAUACACCAUCCUUAAAUAAAACCACCAAUCCACCCCACCCCGUCCUCCUCCUGGUUUGGAUGGGGCCCCAUGAAUAGCUGAGGCUCCCCUAAGGACAGGAACACAGGAGCUGUGGUUCAAAGAGGCCGUGGUGCCCCUGGGCUACAGAGAAGGUACAAACCUGUCGAGGGUUAAUUGCCAAUCGUCAUGUGACCCACUCUGUCAAUGGCGACAGUUGACUGGGGUGAGCCAGUGAUGCUAUGUUAUGAAUGGAUAAAGACCGCAAUAAAAGCUGCUUCCUAGCCCCACUGUAGCCUGUUCUGAGGCAAGCAUUGUCUUGUUUGAAUGGGCGAUGGUCCGUCCAGAGCUAUCUGGAAUUCAGUUUUCUCCCUCCCCUCACUCCUAUUAGUGCGGUUACCCGAGAUCCGAAAGCACAAACUCACCUGGGGUGCCCUUCAGUGCUUAGGAGUCAAAAGAGGCCUUUCUGCCCUUCGAGUCUGCUCCGUCAUUCGCUGAGUUCAUGGCUGGUCUUGUUCAUACCUUGGCUCCUGUGCACCAAUUUCCAUUCCAUGUCCUUGAGCAAAUAAAAAUCUAUCGGUCUCAGUCUGACAUUUUCAGUUGACCUUGAGGGUCACGUUCUAGAUGGUCAUCAACACUUGUGAUCAGAAAAUUACCAUUUUGCCAUGUCACUGGCUAAAGAGGAUGUCUAAGAUUCUUACUCUUGACUGCUAUCCAUUGACCCAGUUGGUGAGAGUGUCUAUUGGCUGUGGCUAUCACCAGUGGUGAGGAUCUAGAUCAAAGGUGACAUCUCCAUCAUUGCAGAAACUUCUCGAAACCAUCAUUCAGGUUUAUUUAGGAGCCAUUGAUAGUGAGUGAAGGACUGGAGAUUGAGUGGUAACUAUGGAAUCACAAAGCAAUAAAAAAAUGCAACACCUUUGGAAGAGGAGAAUGAAAUGGCAGCCUUUUGUCAGGCAUAGCCUGCUACAUUAUCUGAUAAGCUAAAAUCUCAGGCAUGAUCUUAGCUCCAUUUUCCCAACUCAUUGUCCAUAUCUUUGAUUAUUCCAGUCUUCAAAAAUCUAAAAAUCUCUGUCUUCUGUGCACUCAUUAACUGAGCUUCCGCAACUCGCUGGUAUAGAGAAAGGGGGACUGUUUUUUUUAAAAAACUCUGUAAUUGCUGCCUGUCCCUAAAUCUCCUGCCUAGCCAAUUCAGAGGCAAAUGCAUGGCUGUGGGUCUGGAGUCAUAUGUAAGCUAAACACUAGUUAACCAGAUCAGCUUUUAUGUUUGAGAUGAGACUAGCUUUGAAUUUCAGGGUUUUAUUACUAAAUAUCUAUUCCACCAGAUGCUAUGGUAGGAUUUGAACCUGUGGCCUCAGAAGUUCAGCUUGGAGCCACUGGGUUAUGAAUUGAAAAUCCAUACUGAGAUGCUAGCAACUCUGUCAUUACCCAUAGCCGAAAAUGUGUU